AUGGAAAAAGAGCUGGUAGACAUGUUCAUGGGCACCUUGAAAGGACCAUACUAUGAUAAAAUGGUUGGAAGUGUAUCCUCAGGAUUCUCAAACCUAGUGGUUAUUGGUGAAAGGAUCGAAAAUGGGAUUAAAAACGGAAAGAUACAAGGAGCAUCAUCUGGUUCUUAUCACGCAAAGAGGCCCACCCCAACCUUCGCGAAAAAGAAGGAAGGGGAGACCAAUGCAGUAGUGCAUCAAGAAUCUAGACCUCCUAUGUCAUUUCCACCACAACAAAACAAGUUCCAAGGCCCUCAAAGGAAAUUUGAUCCUUUGCCUACGUCCAAAAGCGAAAUACUAAGGUAUCUAAUAAGCGAAUCAUUGGUAGAAAUCAAGUCGUUGGCGCCUCCUCCUCUAGGAAAGGCUACACCCAAAUACAACGCCAACGAAAGGUGCGAAUACCACGCUAAUUCUCCCGGACACACCUUGGAGAAACGUUGGGCCUUCAGGCAUAAGGUUCAGGAUCUGAUAGAGUCAGGAGCAAUUGCCUUUGAAAAACCUAAUGUGAAAACAAAUCCUAUGCCUCACCAUGAUGGAGCAGUUAAUGCAAUAGAGCUAAAGGAACAUUCUGAGGAGGAAUAUGUGGCUAUGGUGGAUAGGAAUGAGCCAUUGAUGAUACCCAGCCAAGGGGCAAGGAAACCAUUAAUCAUCCCCUAUUCUAAACCACCAUUGCGGAUACCCACGCAAGAGCAUACUAGGGUCAUCCCGAUCAGAGCUCCCUAUCCUUUGGACAAAAUGAAAGCGGUACCCUGGGAAUAUAAUUCUGGUACUAAUACUGUUGUGUCAAGCAUUGUUGGACCUGGGGGCAUAACUCGUAGUGGCCGCGUAUUCAAAACUGCACAGGCACAACCAAAGCCUAAUGAAGACUUGACACAAGCUAGCGAUCAAGCUGCUACGAGACCAUCUGUAGAGGCCAUCCCCAAGGAUAAGGAAGCCACUAAUAAGAAUGCUGAGGAGUUUCUGGCUUUGAUCAAGAAGAGUGAUUAUAGGGUGGUGGAUCAGUUACAACAAACACCAUCUAAAAUAUCACUCCUAUCACUAUUGGUGCCCUCCGAGAAACAUCGAGACGCCUUGAUGAAGAUUCUGAAUGCCGCCCAUGUGACUAAGGAAAUCACUGUAAAUCAGUUCGAUGGGAUGGUGGCUAAUCUCACUGCUGGGGCAUGUAUGGGGUUCAGCAAUCAUGAGUUACCUCCACAAGGAAAGGCGCACAACAAAGCCUUACACAUCUAUAUACAAUGUGGGAAAGCUCGUCUAUCUAGGGUUUUGAUUGAUACUGAUUUGUCACUAAAUGUGAUGCCAAAAGCCACCCUCGAUAAAAUAGCCCUGGAGGGUCUUGUGGUUAGACCAAGUCGUCUAGUGAAAAUAAAAUUCGUGGAUGGGAACUCCAUAGUAACUGUCAAUGGAGAAGAAGAUAUAUUUGUUAGCAACCUGGAUUCAUACAAAUACAUCGAGGUUGGGGAAGGGGCACUAGAAACUGCAUUCCAAGCAUUAGAGAUUGCAACUGCUGUCACACUACUUGUGGAGAAAAUGUCAAGGGCGGUAACAUCCUGGAGAGACCUGCAAGACUUGAAUAUGAAAGGCUGGGGAAGAGCACCAGAAAUCCUGGAGAAGAAGGAUCGCUUAGGGUUAGGAUAUCAACCGUCGAAGAUUACAAGCGCUGUGAAGGAGGAACAACGAUUCCCCCCGAUUACGCAGACUUUCGUGACAGGCGGGUACGAACAUGUGGCUAUGAUAUCCAACAUGGACCCUAAGGAGGGAACUUCCAACUUCAUCCGAAGGUCCGAGGAAGGGGAUGAGGAAGACGAUGGACUUCUGGAAGAAUCGUCAAGGUUAAUGGACAAGGAAUCCAAGAGUAUGCUCCCUCCUCAGGAGGCCAUUGACAUCAUAAACUUGGGUACAGACAAAGAACCCAGGGAGAUCAAAAUUGGGGCAACACUGAACUAG